AUGUGAGGAACGAACUGCGAAAAUUUCCAUAUUCGGCUGCAGGAUUACCUUGGAUUCAAGGUUAUUCUUGCACUGACCCCUAGAUUCCACAAAUGAGUUUUGACCUUCAGCUGUUUCGCGAUCAGGGAUACAGCUGUUUGCCUGAGGGUUAUUGUGCCAAUUGCCUGGGUAUCACUUUUGAAAGAAAGUGCAGUAACUUAG